AUGAGCAAAAAAAGAGUACAAGAAGACUCAGAUUCGGAUAUAGAUCUCAGCUCCACUGACGAAGAAUUGGAGCAACCUCAGCUUCAAACCAAUGACGAAGAACCAGAAAUUGUGGACGUGGAUUUUGAUUUUUUUGACUUUAACCCCGAGAUAGACUUUCAUUCAGUCAAAAACUUCAUAAGACAGCUGUUUGGCGAUGAUAACGUGGAUAUCGAAUUGUCAGCACUAACAGACCUUCUUUUAGAAGAAGGUCAUGUUGGAACUACUGUCAAAACGGAUGGAAAGGGCGGUGACCCAUUCUCCAUACUAUCAGUUUUGAACCUCACUAAGAACUUGAAACAAACAGCGGUCUCCAAGUUAGUGGAUUAUAUAUUAGCAAAGACAAGCAAGAGUACUGAAUUCAAUAUCAUGUUGAGACAGUUACUGAAACAAAAUUCCAAGUACAAGACCGGCCUCAUUUUCAGUGAAAGACUGAUCAAUAUGCCUGUGGAAACUGUCCCUCCCAUGUACAAGAUGUUGCUAGAAGAAAUGGAGAAGUCUGAAGACUCUCACGAAGAGUAUGAGCUCGAUUAUUUUAUUGUCGUAUCUAAGGUCUAUCAACUGGUAGCUUCUGAAGCUGACAAAUUGUUGGACGAUUCUAAUAAACGUAAGAAGACCAAGACAGCAGACAGUUCCAAGAAAGAGAUGGAUUAUUUCCAUUAUGAGGACACUGUCUUGGAGAAGAACUCAACCAAUUACGGAUACUUUAACUAUAACCGUAAAGUUCAAGAGUCCGACGCUCGUAGAGUGUUCACUGACUACGGUAUUGAACCAAAAAUGUCAUUGAUUCUACUUACUAAAGCUCAACUCUCUAAAGCUAUCGUGGAAAUGGAACAACAAUUCCCCCCAUUCUAA